UUUUUGUCAUGUAUCCUUUGAUCUUUUUUCUUUUGUGUAACCUCUCCCCUUUCUCUCUUUCUCUCUCCUCUGUUCAACUGAUCGUGACGCGAUAACAAAAUCUCUCAAAUCGAGGAUCUGAUCCAAUAAUACAUCGACCCUUUUUCACUUUCAUAAUUAAUUUCAAUACCCAGUUUGCGUUUUCUUCAUCUUCAUCGAUUUUUCCCUCCAAUUUAGCAAGAACCCAGUUUCAGAUCUGCUGAUCAAUUCUCUUUUUCUCAGAAUAUUUUGGUAAUAAUGGCAUUUGGGGUUUUAAUUUCUUGCUUAAAUUUUUGACCUUUUUUAUCCAUUUUUUUGUGGGUUUUAUUACAUGGGUAUUUAAUUUAUUUGGGGUUUAGUGAAUUUUGGUGGAACAGAGAAAAUAGAAGAAGAAGAAAAAAAGGUGUUGAUUUGAAGAUGUUUCUACUUGGAGAAAGUUUAAGGAUGCAGCUUUUUUGGAUAUUGAGGAUAAAGACAGCACUUUGAUUUUCAAUUUGUUGUAAAUUCUAGUGAAUUUGCUUUCAGGGUUUUUAUUCAUAAGAGAAAUGGCGACACAAGUUGAGCCUCCAAACGGCGUUAGAUGCCCAGGGAAGCAUUACUAUUCAAUGUGGCAAGCUUUGUUUGAGAUUGAUACAAAAUAUGUGCCCAUCAAACCUAUUGGUCGAGGCGCAUAUGGAGUUGUUUGCUCUUCCAUUAACAAAGAAACUAAUGAGAAAGUUGCAAUAAAGAAGAUCCAUAAUGCUUUUGAGAAUCGUGUUGAUGCGCUGAGAACAUUGCGCGAAUUGAAACUGCUUCGGCACCUUAGGCAUGAUAAUGUGAUUGCUUUGAAGGAUGUCAUGUUGCCUGCCCAUCUAAAGAAUUUCAAGGAUGUUUAUCUGGUUUAUGAACUUAUGGAUACGGAUCUUCAUCAGAUUAUAAAAUCUUCUCAGGCACUCACUAAUGAUCAUUGUCAGUACUUCUUGUUUCAGUUGCUUAGAGGUUUGAAGUAUCUCCAUUCAGCAAACAUCCUUCAUCGUGAUUUGAAGCCCGGUAACCUUCUUAUAAAUGCAAAUUGUGAUCUUAAAAUUUGCGAUUUUGGAUUGGCUCGUACGAGUAGUGGCAAGGGUCAAUUUAUGACCGAAUACGUGGUAACACGUUGGUACAGAGCACCUGAGCUCUUAUUAUGCUGUGACAAGUACGGAACUUCCAUUGAUGUGUGGUCUGUCGGAUGCAUUUUUGCUGAACUUCUUGGUCGUAAACCAUUGUUUCCAGGUACUGAGUGUUUGAAUCAGCUAAAGUUGAUAGUUAACAUCCUUGGCAGUCAAAAAGAUUUUGACCUUGAGUUCAUUGACAACCCUAAAGCCAAGAGAUUCAUAAAAUCUCUCCCCUAUUCUCCUAGCACUUCUUUGUCUCGCCUUUACCCUACUGCCCAUCCUUUAGCCAUUGACUUGCUCCAAAAGAUGCUUGUUUUUGAUCCAACGAAGAGAAUCAGUGUUACUGAGGCACUCCAACACCCAUACAUGUCCGCUCUGUAUGACCCUCGAGCUAACCCUCCUGCUCAAUUCCCGAUUGAUCUUGAAAUUGAUGAAGAUUUAGAUGAAGAUAUGAUUAGGGAAACCAUGUGGCAGGAGAUUAUGCAUUACCAUCCAGAAGCUGUCAACCCAAAUAUGGAUGUAUGCGGUUAAGCUCUUCUUUCGUAUUUCAUAGUGGUGAUGCUCCUAUUUAUUUUCGCUAGGAAGUUCAUCCUCACCACCAUAAUAUAGGUUUAUUUUCUCUCUUUAUGAUCUUCAGGAAAAACAUGCAACAAGAGUUUGUGCUAUUGAUGCAUGUGUCGACUGUCAAGACUAAUCUUCCGUAUGUAGAGCGCUGUAUUUGUUGUGCUUUUUUGUUGUUGUUGUGAACGCAAUGUGAAUUGUACAUAUACGUGUUUACGUGUUAUGUUGUAACAUGUUCUUCCUGUCUUUCUUAAGCCUUUCAGUGUAAAUUAAGAUGUAAGUCUAACUUUGCAUUAAUAUAAGUUCUCUUUUUCUUUAA